AUGACCCGGUUGGCAGCCUACCCGCUCCGAUCCCUCCCUGUACAUACCUCCAUCAGACCCUCGCUCGCCCUCGCUCGACCCUCGCACCUCCUCCGCGUCGCCCCUGCCGCCGCUGCCGCAGCCGCCGUCGUCUCUCUGCAACCGCCUCGACAGCAGCCCCUCUCGACGACCGCCGUCGCGAGCCGCCCGUACCGCGAACCGCGCUUCACCAAGCUCUUCCAGCUCUACUCGCAGCGCAACGACGAGGACGCCAUGGUGCAGCACCUCCUCGAGCGCAACGUCGCCUGGUCGAGCAAGACAAAGGAGACGCGCCCCGCCCUCCUCGAGGAGCUGAGCAAGAGCCAGUCGCCCAAGGUCCUCUGGGUCGGCUGCGCAGACUCGCGCAUCCCCGAGAGCGUCAUCUGCGGUGCCGACCCGGGCGAGAUCUUUGUCACGCGCAACAUUGCCAACCAGUUCCGGCCCGACGACGACAACGCAAACAGCGUCCUCGAGUUUGCCGUCCAGGCCCUCGGCGUCGAGCAUGUCGUCGUCGUGGGCCACACGUCGUGCGGAGGCGUGAUUGCCGCCAUCAACGGCAGCUCCAACGGCCCGCCGCCAGACGAGGCGGCGGCGACGCCCCUCUUCCGCCACCUGACGCCCCUCACCAAGCUCGCCUACCGCGUCGCCCAGGCCAACCCGGGCGUGACGGGCGCCGAACUCAACGCCCUCGUCACGCGCGAGAGCGUGCGCGAGCAGGUCGACAACGUCGUCAAGUCGGCCACGAUCCAGAGCAACUGGAAAGAGGAGACGUCGCCCCUCAGCGGCAAGGUCAUGAAAAAGGUCCAGGUGCACGGGUGGCUCUACGACCUCGCAGCCGGUCAGCUCAAGGACCUCAACCUCACCCGCACCGCCAACGCCUAG